AUCCCAACAAUUUCUUACCAUUUAUCCCAUGGAACGAGAAGUGGUGGCAGUGGUUUUUCCUCCCUGCCCGCCUCUAAAAUGGGGGAGUUGGAGGUGAAGUGUGCGUGAGAGAGAGAAAGCUGGGAUAGAGACAGGUACGGUGGGGUGGAUUCCCAACCCACUUCUCCGGAUAGAUAGGUAGAUAGAUAAUAGAGGCUUCUCUCUCCCCAUGGCCCUUCCCCCAUCGCGGUGGCCUUUGUAGCUAAAGGAGACACAAGAGGUGAGAAGCUAGCCACGAUCUGGGGAUCUUCUAUUCUAUAGAGGGGGAAUGGCGGUCGCCAUGGCUUCUGGUAGCCUCGCAGCUUGCCCUGGUUUGAAGCCGGCCGACAAAUGCUCGCCAUCCAUUCGGUCCUAUUAUUCCCAUCGUAGCUUCCGCCUGGUGGUUCCGGUUCCAUCCAGGGUCAGAUUGCCAUCUUUCGUAACUGCGAGGAUCCCUAAAGCUACGUCGCAAACUGCUGUUGAGGAUGGGAGUUCUAAUGAGACUGAUACAGUUCCUACUCCCAAAGUGAUAAUAGAUCAGGACUCAGAUCCAGAUGCAACUAUUGUGGAGAUUACAUUUGGUGAUCGCCUUGGGGCUCUUCUUGACACAAUGAAAGCACUAAAGAAUCUAGGGCUCAACGUCAACAAGGCUAAUGUAUAUUUGGAUUCUUCUGGAAAGCACAACAAGUUUGCAAUAACUAAAGCGUCUACCGGCCGUAAAAUUGAUGAUCCAGAAUUGCUAGAAGCAAUACGCUUGACAAUUAUUAACAACAUGCUCCAGUAUCAUCCGGAGUCUAGCAGCCAAUUGGCUAUGGGAGCAACUUUUGGAGUUGAGCCGCCUAAGCAGAUUGAUGUGGAUAUUGCAACCCAUAUAGAUAUUUAUGAUGAUGGCCCUGAUCGGAGCUUGCUUGUGGUGGAGACAGCAGACCGUCCUGGGUUGCUGGUUGACCUGGUUAAGAUCAUCACUGACAUAAACAUAACUGUCCAAUCAGGAGAGUUUGACACUGAGGGGUUGUUGGCCAAGGCAAAGUUCCAUGUCAGCUAUAGGGGCAAAGCAAUUAUCAAGCCUCUGCAACAGGUUCUUGCUAAUAGUUUGCGUUAUUUCUUGAGGAGGCCAACAACGGAGGAGGCAAGUUUUUAGAUAUUUCAAAAGCCAUACUCAGAUAAUAUGCUUUGAACAGGUCACGAACCUCAGUUUCUCUCAACCGGGUCUUGGCGUUACAAUCUAAAAAUGAUACCAGUCAUUUUGGUUAAAUAUUUUACUUCAGAAGCUUAGUAAUUGUACGGAUCCAUCUGAGAUGCAUAAAAUGGAAAUGGUUUAGUUUAUACAAUAGGCACCUUUUAUACUACAAGCAUGGAAACUUUUGCAACUCCAAAUGGUAGAGUUGCUUUCUUCCUUUUUUUGUUUUAACUUUUUGGGUUGUAGCAGUGACUUCCCGUCAAAAGAUGUUACUCAUCAUUCAUUAGAAUGACAUCUUCCAUUUUAUGUAUCGCCAUAG